CUCGAAGGAGCAGCUGCACUGGAUGCCUCUGCGAAACUACCACGAGAUCCUGAGGGAGGACCUACAAUCACGGUAUUUCGCAGCGAAUGGGACGGCUUUUGUCGUGUGUUACUUCGUUGCAUGGCUGUUUGGAAGUGGAAAUGUGAUCUGGCGGCUGUUUCCGUGGAGUUGGACGCUUCUUCGCGCUCUCAACGUGGCUAUUGGAACAACAUUUCCCAUCUUUGUUCUGAGGAAGAGCAAUCUGCAUGUUGGUUCUUACCCAUGCAGCAAUCUAUGGACGUAUCUUGUGCGCCAGUUCUUCAGCUUCUCUGCUCUCAGUACAGUCAUGACCUACACUGUUUCCGCAUGGCUGAUCAUGGGCGUAUACUUGCGAAACGCGGACCAGUCAGCCGAACUAGGCUGGACGACGUCGCCGACGGGAUACGAGCUCCCUCGGAUUAACGAAAGAUAUAUAUACAUGUUCACUGUCAGCACCUUGGCCGGUAUUGUUUCGUCAGUAAUCCACCUUCUUGUUGACAGGGACCGGAUCAGGUUCCCUGCAGUACGGACUGGCGGAGGGCCGACAACGAACUGCAUCGUACAGGGCGUCCUUAAAGCUGCCAUUUUAUCCUUUGGAGUGGCCCUGAUCGCACCGAUCGUGCAUGCUUUAGUAAGGGUAUACGAAUGGCCUUUGAUCAUAAAGGCGGCUCGUCUUUUCUACAAACUCCCGCGUUCCACUGCUUUACCUACGUAUCCGGUCACUCUUGGACUCCUCUUCCGCUCCUUCGAUGUGAUCUUCGUGACUGUCGCCCUAUGGGAAACUGCACAUGUGCUGUUCAGUAUCGCGAUGUCCCAGGCUGGUUCUAAGGAAGGCGUGCCCUUGAGCCAGAAAUCGCUCAAUCCGAACGGCACGUUGGUGACAGGUUUGUCGUCGGCGAGAUUGCAUACGCAGAUUUUGGCCUUUGAGGAGCUGCUUCAAAUCGCUUACCAUGAUAGAGCUCGCCGAGCUAGUAUUUUUCGCGAUAUCGAGGUAAAACCAAAUCCUUGGGAGCAGAUCGUGAAACAGAGCCUGCAAACGCUUGUACGUGUCACCGAAUCGUUACCGCCGCAUUUUGUGCAGGGAAGUAAGCAGGUAUCGUCGACCGGAUCGGCUCCGGCUCCUGUUAUACACACGCAGCAGGAAAGUGCGAUUGCAAGUUCACCUCCCCAUAUCCCAGUGCGAAACGACAACAUUUUCGUGACCGGUCCGCAGAAGCGCAACAUCUUGGAUCGAUUCAAGAGUGAAGGGUCAGCAGCAGCAGCGAUGAAGCUUCCCGAUCAGCUUGUGACGAAAUCCGCCCAAGUUUUGCGCCCUGCUCAAAGCUCCGUUGAAACGGCGUUGUCGUCGCGUUUCGGAGGAUUCUACAAGUCUACUGUUGGAGCAUUGUUCCGGCAGACACUGCAGUUGCAGGUUAGGAGCCUUAUCCCGGAGCCGCGGUUACAAGUCCUGGCAGUUCUAGCCUUGUCGCGCCUGAUCGUGGUUUCGGUGCAAGAAGACACAUUAGGUCUUGUGCAGCGAGACAUUCGUCUGGUUGUGGAGGCAUUCUCUUCUACGAUGUCAGCGCUGGAAGCUUUCUGUAAGAUGCCGGAGCUUCCGGCUAAUGAUACUCAGUCAACUGCACGACCUUAUGCCGUUCUUCUCCCAGAGAUUGAUAUCAUUCUGAGGGCAUUGCACAGCGGCUUGGCGGAUAUCGUUCUUGUAUUCGCUGAAUACAUGGGACAAAUGGGACUUUCUAGCGAGGCGGCUUUGCGAUGUGAGAAUAUCGCAAAUCAUCGUAUUUGAAGCAAACAGUGAGCAACGAAGAUUGUACGAAACUGGCUUCAGGCGUUACGCAAAGAUAUCCCUAAAGAACCGGCCUAUCCUCAUUUUCGCGCCCUCUGCUGUGAAUUUGGGUCGCACAUCUAGAUAAAAUGAUAGGGAGUUUUCUCCUGCUCCUUUAUAGAAAUCGAUGACAUAUUCCACUUUUUGACCGCAACGAUCCACCGUCCAAUCAUGUCGAUCAAAAGGAAGGUUGUAACCCAGCAGGUUCAACAGCCGUGCCUUCGGAGUUAUCUUCGAGGCAUCGCCCUC